AUGGAUGACAUACGCAUCAUCAAGGCCGUGGAGGGCUUCCCCGAAUUGUUUAGUAAAGGACACCCAAACUACAAAGAUAUUCGAAAGAAAGAAAUAACCUGGCAGGUUAUUGGAGCCAUGCUAGGUUUAGACGGCGCUUCGCCCACGCUCGGCGUCAAGUCUGAAUACAUGCGCUCGCCGCGAGGUAAUUCGGCUGGAAAGGGCGCUCGGCUCUGCGCUCGGCGUGCGGUGUGA